UUUACCACUGAAAAUCGUCCACAGUCUAAAAGGAUUCCGUUCGUAGCAAUUCACGCGUACAAACUAACGUUACAAAGUCACUGUAUUUUAUUCACUUUGACUGCGUUAGUUUUAAGGCGCAAAAACACUACAGGAAUGACUAGUUUGCUUCAGAAGUCAGUGAGGGGCCUUUUUUGUACAAAUUUGGCAAUAAAGUCUAAAAUAAAAGGUUUUCUGCAUGAAGCAAGCAAAGCAGUAUUUAUUCCCACAGCCUCAUUGAAGGAUCUGAAACCCAUUGAGACAUUUGAACAUGUGACGAUACCUGAGAGACCCAAGCUGAAGUUCUACAACAAAGUCCCUAAGAGGACACGCUACAAGAAAGUCUUCAAACGGCUGAUUCAGAUCAGAGGCCCCUCGGAGGUUGCAAAUAAACUCAAGCUAGGACAGUAUGGCAUUGUGGCUAGAAGUGGCGGUUAUUUACACCACGGCCAUUUUGAGAUGAUGCGCCUGACCGUCAACCGCGCCCUGGAUUCCAGCCGCAUGUAUGCCAGAUGGAGGGUGGAGCCACCCAUUAAACCAAUCACCAAAAAGGGGCAGGGCCAACGGAUGGGAGGAGGAAAAGGCAGUGUGGAUCACUAUGUGACCCCAGUCAAGGCCAACCGUAUGAUCUUGGAGGUGGGCGGCAAGAUGGAGUUUCAGGAAGUCCAAGCCGUUCUAGUCCAAGUUGCUAAGAAGCUGCCGUUCCGUGCCGAGGUGGUCACAGCGGAGAGUAUGAAAGUGAAGGAGCAAGCUCGUCUUGAGAAGAUUGAGAGUAAUGCCAAUCCGUGGACCUUUGAGAAGAUUGCUGUUGGAAAUUACCUCGGCAUCUCUAAUCGUCUCGGUCCCUAUGAUUACAAAUGGUUUGGGGAGUACAGGUGAAUGGUAUCUGGACCUGUUUCUAUGGACUAGACACGUUGGCAUCCCCUUGUUGCUAUCCCUAGGUAUGGAUAAAAACUGCUGAGAUGCAUCAGAGACCUUCUCAGAACACAUGACUGCAUCAUCACUUGAGAAGUUGAAGGGAUUAGCGGUUGGACUAGCCAAGAGCUUCAAUAUCACAGAACAAGAGCCAACGUCAUUUAUCUCCCC